AACCUUCCCCAGCAAAGAGAAGUUGGAGAAGAUCUUCUCCCAUCAAAUCCCAACCACACAAUGAAGAAUCUCACGGCCUCUCUCUUCCUGAUCCUCUUCAUCAUGGCCCAUGUGGCCCAUGCAGCAAUCACAUGCGGCGAAGUCGACGUGAAGGCUGCAUCGUGCGUAAAUUUCGUCACCGGCAAGGUCACAGCGGUGCCGGCGGCAUGCUGCGGUGGGUUGCAGGCACUGGUCAAGAAGGCGGUGACGGUCACCGACCGUCGGGCUAUCUGCAGCUGCCUGAAGGAUGGGAUAAAGAAGUUCCCUGGGGCGAAGGAUCAGUUCUUGGGCAAGGUCCCUGGGGCCUGCAACAUCAAAGUUGGGUUCCCAGUGUCAUUGAACACUAACUGCAACUCGAUCAAUUGAAGUAUGGAAUUGAAGGCAUGUAGGACGUAUAGUGGAGUAGAAUAAAUGGAUUAGGGACCCUUGUUCAAGGGCUGAGAUUGGAUCCGAUCCUACUUUUUGUUUUAGUGAUGUAAUCUUUAGUGGCUUUUAAUGGAUGAGUAUGAGUUUGAAUUUUC